CUUGAAUCCUGUGGAAGUUGUAUCUACUGUAAACAUUGCACGAUUUUGAUAUUGAAAUAAUUCGAUAAAUCUAAAACCUUAUAAAAGAAGAAAGACGAAGAAGUAAUUCUACACAAGGUAUCGAUAAUGGGAGGAAAUAAUAUUUACACAGUGGUCCCGGGAGUGCUGAACCAGAUAUACGCCCUCUGCAGCUCCACCUUCGACAUCGCUAAUAUCUACAACUUCGACGCCGAAUAUGCUCAUCAGGCCGAAGUCGGAGCCAAGCCGGAUACACCCGUCAUCUGCGGCCUAUCCUACCUCGUGCCCUUCGAUCUUGCCAACAUAGGCAGGGAGACACAGGUCGUAGACAUAUGGGAGAGCUUCUCCUUCUUCCUUGUAAGUGUGGUGAUAACCUGGACAGCAGUAGUGCUUCCAGUUGCCCUUAUGACACAGGGUUUCAUAGGAGACCCUGAUCAUACUAUAAAUAAAAGGAAAAAGCGAAGUUUACACAUGCGGGAGAUCUUACAGCUGGGAAUGGCAGAAAGUUGGGAGUGGGAAAAAGCUCUUAGUCAAAUCUCCCUUGAUGAUCUCCUAAUACUCCUUGAACUCCCAGAGUAUGAGUGUCGAAGACGAGCCUUUUGUGAAUUUCACAGAUUCCUGACUUUUCUACCCCCUUCCGUGAUGACACUGUACAACAUGAUAAGCCCCCAUAUGAGUGGCAUGAAGAAGUACCGCAAGAGUAUUGUGACUGGAUUGGGAAGAGGAGACUGUAGUUGGAUACACAAGGGUUGCCCACUUGCACCUCUUGAGUUCUUAAACAGAAUAAAAACUUUAAAGAGGAAAUAGUGCAGCUCAGGCACCUGUUGAACAAGAAUAAAUUUAGACAUUGUGUUGCAUUUAGCUUCACAUGUUUAUGACUACAUGCUUGCACAAGCUUAAUUAUUUGUUAAAAUGUUUGUAUUCCUGAAUGCUUGAAACAUAAUGAGUUUUUUAAUAUAUUUUAAAGUCAGUUAUUUAGUCUAAUUUUUAUAAAAAGUAAAAGAAAUUAACAAUGUUGUAGUAUGGUGCUUUAAUAUUUCACAAAAAAUACCUAUACAGGCAGAUCAAAAUAAAAGUAUAGGAAUGGUGUGUUUUUAAAGUGAAGAACUUUGCAAAAGACUAUCAGUCUUCAUGGCAUAUACAUAUAAAUGCAGUACAACUAAUGGCUGAAAAAUAAAAGUUUUCCUUUUAAGUGACUUUCUCUGUUGAAAGAAACAAGAUUAUUAAAUGGCCCGUAAAACUUAAGAACAUGAAAGUUGAAAAGAAGCAAAUAUAAAGAAGUGUUACUAACCCAACUAUGCAAGAGUGAGAAGAAAGUUUGGCACAAACUGAAGACAAGUACAGUUAAGAUUUGUUCUGUUUCACAUAAAUCUGAUUUGGUAAAAACAAUAUUAUAAUGUAAAUGUAAUGUAAUGUGAUUUAAAUGAUCAACCAUGAAUGGAUGGCAGAUCCAUGACAGAUCAUAGAACUAAAGAAUCACUUCAUCUAAUGUAUUUCAAUACACACAAAACAAGGAGUCAUACUUUUGGCAUCUCAAGAGUAAAAUAAAGGUUAUGGUUACUCAUUGAAAUUAUAUUUAAUUUUUUUUUUAUCCAAAAUAUUUAGAUUAUCUUAGUGACAGAAAUAUCCAUGGUGUAGAACAUUAGUCAGUGAUUACUCAAUCUCGGCUCCAGCAAAUGAGAUUUCUCCCUUUAAAGCCAUGUCCAUAGAUUUACUUACAAAGGUCUUGUGUUUAUCUUAAUGUAGCAAAUUCUGCCAUAACUUAGGUUUAUUACUAUUUGAAUAAAUAUUGUAAAAAAAAAUAUAAAUAAAUGAAGUUUCCAAUACAUGCAUUAUGUAACCAACAGGUUUAUAAAUUCUCAUACUGAAAAUAGUAAUAUGAGCAGAUCUUGCAUAUUAUUAUCCCAUGUUUUUUUGUAGUAGAACUCAUAUAUUGAUACACAUCAGUACCCUAUAUAUUAAUACUGAGCUUCUACCUGAUCUUGGUAUACAGAAAAAACAUAGACAACUAUCUAUUUUUAUUAUGAAACCUAGAAAUAUAAAUCCAUUUAUUUAUAUAUAACACAAGAAAGUAAGAAAGCAGGUGGUCUUAGUUGCAUUAUAUGCAACUGCAUUAUAUUCUUUUUCUUUUAUUUUUGGCUAUUCAUACUUAAAGUAAUUAAUUAUAAUAAAGAAAUACAUAAAGUAAAUACUUAAAACAUAAGAGUACAUAAAUAUCACAUUUGCAGAUUUUAUGACCAUGCAAGAAAAGGAGUGAAAAAUAA